AUGCUAAGUUUAGUGACAAAAACGAAAAACAAUCUACACCUCCUUCUUGAAGAAAUAUGUGGAUUUUGGGAAUUAAUUUAUCUAUUUUAUAGCGCCACAGUGGCGGGUUGUGAGCACGGAGCCAGCGGCGCUGCCUCUGGGGGCGGGCGGCCGGGAGACGCGAUACGUCGCGUCAAAGUGAGAAUGUCGUCAGUAUCGGCUCAGGGCGUCGUAGAGCGCGCCUCUGCUGAGCUCUCUCGACGUAUCACCGGUCUCGGCCUCCGUGGCAGAAAGCGCUCCCCAGGUGUUGUCGAAAGGGUAGCUAAUGCCCUUUGUGGACCCGCUACUUCUGCUCCUAGAAUACCGCGACGCAGGCGACCCUCACCGAGACCACUAAUUUGGAGUCAGUUUAUACUAGAUGAAAGAUUUCUAGAAAAGUUUUUCCUUUAUUUCAAUUCUAACGAUAGAAAAUCGCUUGCUCAAGUAUGCACGAAGUGGAGGGAUAUAUUAUACUCAUCGACUCGGUGGUGGACGGGUCUCAUUGCCGUAGUGGAUUUUCGCGAAAGCAGAUCAGAGACAGAAUGUUGCAUGCAAAGAUUUUAUAACUCGGUGGUGAGGAGGGGGAUCCGUGGGACUGCAUUGGUUGCUGCAUCAGACGACGAUAUUCAUGAAAUCAUUAGAAUAUUUCCAUUAUCAGCUAAUCAUGUUAACGCUUUAAGCUUGAAAGGUUGCACAGUAACAGACAGGGGCUUGGAAUCCAUUCUGGAUCAUUUAGAAGUUCUAUUUGAAUUAGAAUUAACAGGCUGUAAUGAAAUAACAGAGGCUGGCAUUUGGGCAUGUUUAACGCCAAGGAUUGUAUCACUCACACUUACUGACUGUAUUAACAUAGCAGACGAAGCUGUAGGGGCUGUGGCGCAACUUCUACCAUCUCUGUACGAGUUUUCACUCCAAGCUUACCACGUGACUGAUGCGGCUUUGGGGUAUUUUUCACAAAAGCAAAGUGCGUCGCUGAGUAUUUUGCGUCUACACAGUUGUUGGGAGCUCACAAAUCAUGGGGUUGUGAACAUAGUUCAUUCGCUUCCAAACCUAACGGUUUUGUCGCUUAGCGGAUGCAGCAAAGUGACCGACGAAGGUGUGGAGUUGGUGGCUGAGAAUUUGCCUCGCUUGCGUAGCCUCGAUUUAAGCUGGUGUCCGCGUGUUACUGACAGCGCACUAGAGUACAUCGCCUGUGACCUGAAUCAGCUUGAGGAGUUAACUCUUGAUAGAUGCGUCCACAUAACGGAUAUUGGCGUGGGCUAUAUCAGCACGAUGCAGUCGUUGGUGGCCUUGUACCUACGAUGGUGUUCGCAGCUUCGGGAUUUUGGGGUGCAACAUCUUUGUGCUAUGCGCGCUUUACAGCUCCUCUCAUUGGCCGGUUGUCCUCUACUAACUUCUGGGGGCCUGUCUAGUCUCAUCCAGCUGCGGCAGUUGCGCGAAUUGGAGCUGACAAACUGCCCCGGCGCGUCGCCAGAGCUCUUCGACUACUUGCGAGAACACCUUCCCAGGUGCCUCAUCAUCGAGUAA